AUGAUGGCUGUACUCCCCGCCGCUGCGCCUGUCCUGGGCGACGAUCGCUUCAUCCUGGAGUGUCCUGCUGUGGACGCCGAGACGGAGGAAGCCUCGGAGGCUGAGGAGGAGUUCGACCCUGAGGACGAAGACGAGGAGGAGGAGGAGGAGCCUGGCACCGAAGCUCUGCUGGCGAAGGAGCCUCUGAGCGAUGACGAGGAGGACUAUGCCGUGAGUGCGGGCCGUCGGCCUGGUGUUGACUCUGACCUGCUGGUGCGCCCCUUCUCUUGGCACACGCAGCUCCCUGCCGCCGUACCAAUCACAGCCUGCACGAUGGCACAGGAGGAGGAAGAGCCGGCUGAUGAAGAUCUGCUCGACAGCGAUGAGGACGAGGAGGACGCCCCCACCCCACCACCUUCCAAGAGGAAACGCACCUCCCAGGCUGCAGAGGAAGAGGAUCUGGAGGAAGAGGACGAGGAUGAUGAGGACGACUCUGACUUUGAGGGCGACGAGUAG